CAGGGGUCCGCAGAAAAACCAAUGACUAUUGAGCGAGGGUUGGGGUCUACCUCACCCAUCCAUGUACAUGUAGACGAGGUGACCCCUGUCCAUGUGCAUGUCAAGAAACCUAAGAAGUCAAGCACAGCAAAAGCUGUUGAAGAGAGACUGACUCGAAGUAGACUUCGAUCUGCCCAAAGUUUUGGAAAUGGCAACCUGCGCUCAACCGCUCGACGUAGCACAGCAACAGCCCAGAGUCGUAGUAAAAGUCCAGCCGGGGGGCCAUGGGUACCUGCUCCGGGAAAAACAUCCAGGAAUCAAGUUUCAUGGCAGGGACCAUCUCACAGACUAGAGAUCUCAGGACCACAAGAUGAUAUGAUACAUUCUACAUUACGAAGGAGUGAACUGUCCACAGAUGAGGAGGACAGAGUUCAAGGUCAUAUGAGAGGAUAUGAAAAGAAGAUUGAUAGUCUCAUGACAGAAGUUGGAACCCUAAAAAAUGAGGUUGACCUUCAGCGGACUUUGAGGGACAUAGAACGUAAAGAUGAGGCCCUUCAUGACACCAGGGCUGCAUUAGAGGACCAAGAACAUGAAAUAAUUGACUAUCGCCGGGAAUUAGAAGCCACUGAUGGUGAAAAUAGAGUUUUACGACAUAGUUUAUCAAGGCUGAAAGAUGAAGUCUCUGCUUCCAAGGGUACAGCAAGUGCUCUAGCCUCAGAUCGUGACCAGCUGAUGAAAGUAUUAGUUGAGGCAGAGAUGGAUGGACAGGCUGCCUCUAAGCAAGUCUCUGCACUCAGAGAUUCAGUGAGACGACUCAGGGAGGAAAAGCGCAUGUCAAGCACUGAUACUGCAAUGCUAGCCAAGCAAAAGGAACUUCUUAUGGCCAGGUUAGAAGACUUUGAAAACACCAAUAGAACUCUGAGGCGCCUUCUACGAGAACAGCACAAGCAAGAAGCCUCAGGUUUACGAUUGGUGGAACAGCGAGAUGUGUUACUCAAGAAGUUAGCUGAGACAGAAGAUGACAAUCAGAGAUUGAGGAUUGAUGUAAUUGAGCGUGAUAGACUAUUGAAUGAAGUGAGGUUACAGGCCACUGCACAGAGGGAUGAGAACCUUGCCCUGUCUGGAGUGCAGAGUUCUCUUGAGCAGACCCGUGGCCACCUGCAGAAACAACUUAGAACUAAGGAGGCAGAUUGCAAUAGGAUGGCAGUGCAAAUAAGGGGGCUUGAGAGUCAGCUUGCCCAGGAAAAGAUUGAGGUGGACCACCUACAGGAGCUUCUAGAAGCAGCAAAGGAGAAAGCUGAGAGAGAUAAAGAUGCACUCAAGAAAGCUACUAGGGUACAGAAACAACGAGCAGCCCGUAGCCAAGAUGCUGUAGAGCAGAUGAACACGCAGCUACUUGAACGUGAGACCAUACUAGCCCAACUAGAGGAUGACCUCCAUGUCAACAGAGCUAGAACUGAGAAAGUUGCCAAAGAAAAAUCACAAGUUUUAGCUGAGAAUUCUGCUUUAAAAAAUUCUUAUGUCACCACAAUAAGUGAUGACAUUCUGUUAUAG